AUGACACAGAAGCGUAUAAAGCUGCCAACAGACAUGAGAGACAAGGCAUACAAGAGUAGACCUAGGAAAUCACCUUAUCACCACUGUUGGGCAAGUUACUCAAAAACUACAACAGUGAGACCAGAGGACCUCAAGACCGAAAAAAUAGCUGUCAUCUUUCAAGUGCAGAAGGACACUAUUUAUUUAACAGAUGACCACAACAUCGCCAUCUUCCCAGAGGAGAACGGGCACUUCAUCUCUGUGGAUCUGGUGGACCGGGGCCACUACGAGGUGCAUGGGGAUGCCUCGGCAUCAGCAGCAGCAGCACCACCACCACCACCUGCAACAGCAACAGCAGCAGCAGCGGACCAACGUCCACGAUAUUUGUAUUCUUGUGCUGUCACUGUAGGAUCCAACUUCUGGAAGCAGAAUUCUAGGAAGACUUUUGCUGUUCCUGAGAUUCAGCUGGGACAGCUUGGCAAAAGGAGGCGGCUAAGUCGUAGAGAAGACACUGGUCUUCAAGACGUGGUGGCCGAGAUAGAGGAGGUGAUCGAGGCAGCCCAGGGCCUGAAGGAGGUCACCAAGAGCAUCAAGGAGGUAACAGAAGGGACUGGCAAAGCAACUCUACUGUGCCUACAAGAGGGAGAAGUGAAUGCCCUGAAGACUGUCUUUGGCUGCCUUGUGUGCCCAGGUCCUGUGGAAAAACCCAUUUUUUCAUCUUGCUGCAGAAGCAUCAUCGGAUGCAGGUCGUGCAUUCAACAGUGGGAACACAGCCACGACUACUGCCCGAAGUGUCGGUGUCAAGACAGGGAGACAAAUGAAGUGGAUGGGUUGGACGAGGCCCUGGCAGUGCUGAGGAAGCUUUUUUAAAAUAAAUAAAUAAUUCAAAACGAUGUUGAUUUUAACACGAUUCAUAUGUAUUUAUUUAUUUACAAUGUUGCAUGCAUGUCAGAGACAUUAAUUAGAUGGAGCAGUGCCUCCUGAAACAUGGUGUAGUCCUGGUUAACGACCGUAUCGAAGAGAUGAGACAUGUCCGGGUACCUCUCCCCAAACGCUUGCUCUGCUAGACCUCUCUGUUCAUCGGAUGAAAACGGGUCAGAGCCAAAGGCUGAAACCCAAGUCAGAGAUGAUCCCAUCUCCUCCUCGUACAUAUGUGCUGCCUCAGCAGCAUUGGGCAGCAGCUCUACAGGACAGCUGGCUGGACACCUAGCAGCCGCAAGUUGGUUUGGUAUCCCUCUGCCUAAAAUGAGUAAAAAAAAGUUUUACAUUUUAUACAAUUUUUUCCCUUUUUUUUGGUCAGUGAAAAACUGCUAUUACACUUGUAAGCUAUUACACUUUACCUGGUAUCCUAUGUGCAUUCCAGGACUGCACAACUCGAGCAAGUCCUAUUGCACUGACUUGACAGGCCAAGUUUGACACACAGAAUUUAGUUGUGUUGUCCUGCAUGUCCACUAGUUCCUGGUCCUGUAGGUGGA